AUGGCAUCCCCAUAUACUUUCGACCUGGCCGACUCUCCUCCCCAAAGAGCGUUCACCUCCGACUCCGACAACCCUCUAGUACCUCUUCCAUUUGAAACAGCUAUCUCCUCCGGUCAUCCCGAAUCCUCCCUAUCCUUAUCCUCGCAGUCUUUCCCAACAUCAUUAGAAUCACCCUUAGGCAUCAAUAUCCACCAGACAGCACUCGGACGCCGUCGACACCGGUCUAACAGUCCAGAUAUCCUAGAACCCUCAACGGCGGGUACUACGGUAUCACAAAAUACACGAGUUCUGGAAAGCGCCCAGAGUCCACCCCGCAAGCGCAGGCGCCUUCCAACCAUGCGUGCUGAUGGACCAUCAUCCACAAAUGGCUUCUCUCAAGCUCCCAACGGGUCAUCCUCAAGAAAAGCUAGCUCGAACGGACAGUCAACUGUGACAACGGCAAACGGGGAAUCCCGGUCAAAUGGAGCUGUGACGUCCUCGACAAGCUCAACAUACUUUGGACAUAAUCGAGAGGAAGUGACACGCAUAUUAAUACAGAGCCUUCACGAGCUGGGCUACAAUGAUGCGGCCGCUGUUUUGUCUGCCGAGAGUGGCUAUCAGUUGGAAACAACGGGUGUUGCAACAUUCCGCAGUGCCGUAAAGCCCCCCGAAAAGCUUGUAUUAUUGGCGCCUGGUGCGGAUAUGGAUCGUAUGAAGUUCUGCUUGCGCCAACAAAAGUUUCUGGAGCUACUAGAGGCGCGGGAUCUGGAUGCGGCACUGGCGGUCCUCCGUGAUGAGCUGACACCACUGAAUUACGAUGUUGAUCGCCUCCACGCACUUUCCAGCCUUAUCAUGUGCCCCAUAGAAUUGCUUCAUGAUCAAGCAAAUUGGGAGAGCCCAAUCAGCGCAUCUCGAGAACGGCUACUUGAGAAUCUUUCCAGAUCCAUAUCUCCUUCGGUCAUGAUUCCCUCACACCGACUUGCAGUUUUGCUAGAUCAUGUACAGCAGGGCCAGAUCAAUAAUUGCCUAUACCAUAAUACAGCCGAGGCACCCUCACUUUACUCAGAGCACAUGUGUGACCGUGAAUGCUUCCCUUUAGAGGUCAGAAUAGACCUUACCGAGCACUCUGACGAAGUAUGGUAUUGCGAGUUUUCUCACGACGGUAGCAAGCUGGUCACUGCAGGCAGAGACCAGAAUGUCCUAAUAUAUGAUGCAAACCGCUUUUCCGUGAUUCAUCGAUUAGCAGAUCAUCUCGGGGGUGUUGCUUUUGCAAGUUGGAGUCCAGAUGACACCAAACUUGUCACCUGUUCCCAGGACCGAAAGGCCCGAGUAUGGAAUGUCGAGACUGGCAUUUGCAUUCUCACCAUCGACCACCAUAACCAACCAGUAACAUCCGCUGCGUGGGCACCGGAUGGCGAGUCAUUUGUGACGGGUUCUUUUGAUUCCACUCGCCAGCUCUGCCAUUGGAGCAUUCAUGGUGAUAAUUUGCAUAUGUGGAAAGGACCAUUCCGCGUCCAAGACUGUGCAAUCAGUCUUGAUGGCAGAAGACUGGUGGCAGCAGAAACCGACGCAAAGAUCCACGUCUACGAUUUCAGAACAUAUGAAGAGGACUACUACUUGUCACUUUCAAGUAAACCAACAUCCAUUGAAAUUAGCAGGGACUCGAAACAUUUGCUCGUGAGCUUGGCCGAGGGUGAGGUUCAGCUCAUCGACUUGGACACAACCGCCGUGCUGCGGCGCUUCAAGGGCCAGAUGCAGGGUGAGUUUGUGAUCCGUAGCAACUUUGGUGGGGCAGCAGAGAAUUUUGUUGUCAGCGGCAGCGAGGACUCUCGAGUUUUCAUUUGGCACAAGGAUAACGGGACACUAGUGCAGACACUAGAAGGGCAUGACAAAGGAUGUGUUAACACCAUCUCAUGGAAUCCAGCAGACCCUACCAUGUUUGCCUCGGCGGUUGGUCUCCAUCUGGGAUUUAUCACCCGACAGGCAUACCAAGCGAACGCCGAGGACAAAUUUCCAAUGGAUUUCCGCAAACAAGUGCCAUCAGAAGCACUUACGACGUAG